AUGAGAUCGACAAGCCCAGCCAAAAUGGAACCCAGCUCUUUAGAUUUGCUUCGAGAGCUGCACGGCGACUUGAAGCGCAAAUGGAAAGCCCAUGGCCCCAAGGUCGAAACUGCCUGGCGAUCAUUCAACAAACCGCAGCGAGCAGAAUGCAUGGAGACUGGAGCAUUUGAGGGAAAGGUCUUGAAACAUUCCCGGGAUACCUCGCUAGGCAACGUGUGCUGGUUUAUACCUGAGUGGAAUCUGGAGGAUAUCACGGAUCCCGAAUCGAAUCUGUUGCUUGACAUACUCAAGCACCGUGCUACAAAAUCACUGUCUCAGCAAUACCGCAGCGGCCACAACGGGACUGCUGGAGAUCUUGAUCUUAUUGAAGAUAUGGCGCGAACACGAAACAUGCGCCCUGUUGGGGACUUUGAGAACUGCUUCACAGUCUUCUGUAAAGGUAAGUAUGGAUUCUCGUUCCACGUUAAUGCUGGUCAGAAAGGCAAGGAAUUCCUAUCAGGACUGGAGUCAGCCUUUCAGCAACGAAAAAUUAUCCCACAAUCGCUGGGAGAGCUUAUUCUUCGGCGUCAACUUGUACUGCUUCAAAUACUCAACAUCAUGAUUGAAACUGUUCUGCACGAAGACUCCGAAACUAGAGAUCGAAGCCAGCUGGCCGAGAAACCCAAGCCUACGACCACUCCUCUACCUAGUUCUGUGUCCAAGCAGGCCACCGCCAAGCUCAACUCCCAAGAUCUUUCCGCGAUUGCUUCCGACCAGAAAUCGUCUCUUCAAGAGUACCUGUCGCUUCUUCGCACAGAACCCGACGUUCUUUGUUCCAGCGUCAGCGUGGAGUUCUUCAGCCGCCCUGAGCUUUUGCCUGACGAAAAGGGCCGAUCCCUGUCAGUCCACACAGACAGAUACAUUGGGCCUGCCGUCUUCGAGACAAUUCACAAUGCAUUCCAAGGGAUCGCUUCCUGGGAUUCUAUCACUGGAUUGCUUGACCUCCUCGCGAAGCUAUCCGCUGAUAAGCUGUACAAGUCCAUGGUUCUCCAAGAGCUCUCUAAUAUGUGCCAUUUCGAGUACGCCCGCACUCAAGCCCUGUUCAGGCGUCAUAUCGCGACAGGAACCGGAUCGAAGUGGUUCAAAAGGCUGUCCAAUGUAUACGAUCGCGGAGGAAAUGCCAAGCUCUCGAUGAAGUGCAAACCGGAGGAACUCACACGAUCCGAUCCCCAGCUGCACUACUUGUUGCGACUUUGUCAGCCGGAAACAACUAUCAGUCAGGCUGUCGAGUGGAUGCAAAAGCUCACCAAUCUCUAUAAAGCGCAUCCGUUGGAGCGAGAAAGUCUUUUUGAGAAAGAGUCUCGUACACUUUACGACAUGGCUGCAAUUGUCGUCUUCGUCCAGGAUCUCUCUGCUGUAUACUCCCUUCCCUCUUCGUCGCGCAAGAAGGGUACUCUGCUCGUCGCUAGACUGCAAGAGGUUGACGUCGAACUUGGCAAGAUAAAGAAAGAGGUUGACCUGCGCGACUUUGCUGCACCGAUUAUCAAUCUUAUUGAGCCUGGCGUGUCCCAGAAGGCACUGGAAGCCCUCGACCAGUUCGUGAUCGAAAAGACAGACGCAAAGAUGGGAUCUAUGUACCAAGAUGAAAUGAAGAAAGCAUUUCAAGAUAUUGAGGGGCAGUACCAGAAGGCCAAGGAGAAGUUGAACAAGCAUACCAAGGCGGAUCUUGUGCCCAUGAACACUACUCAUGCGGACGCAAAGGAUCGAAUCGAGACCCAGAAGCGAAAGGAAAAGACACGCCCAGAGCAUUCCUCUGUCUACAAGAUCACCAAGACCACAGACUUUGAUGAAGAGAACAAGGCUGUGGAGCCACCUUCACCCGUAAACGUCAGUCCAUCGACAGCUCAAGUCUUUGCAACUAUAUUCGACAAAGCUCAGUCGCGAGGGUCACUAAGCUGGACCUCUUUUGAAUCGGCCAUGGCAGAACUGGGAUUCUCGGUGCUAGCCCGAUUUGGCUCCGUUUACACGUUCAGACCGUCUGAGGAUAUGGAUAUCAAGAGGUCCAUCAACAUCCACCGACCUCAUCAGUCCCAGAUUGAGGGGUAUGACACCCUGAUUUUGGCCAGACGCUUGAGUCGAGCUUAUGGCUGGAACGAGAAUUCAUUUGUAACUGAAUAA